AGGAAACAGAACAAACAUCUGCUCUACGUAUUCUCUCAUCAAGGGGGAUAUUUUCCAUCAAUGUCCCACUAUAUAUAUUCGUGUCCUUUGCUGAAAAUUUCGACAACUUCAACACCAUCUCCAUUAGUCAUUUCUCUUGUUUUGUUUUAGUUCUUUUUUAUCAGUGAACUUACAAAAUCUUAGUAAGAAAAAAGAAAGUGACAGACAAAAAGUACUGCAAAGCUAGAUUACUUCAUCGAUCAAUUUGAUCAUUUCAAUAUUAUGGCAGACAAAGAUCAGCGUCCCACUUAUCCAUUGGCGCCAGCCAACGGGUAUCACCGGAGCGAUGCGGAGUACGGCCGUGAGGAGGAUUCCGGUGACCUUCGUCGCAAGAAACGCAUCAGAUAUUUCCUUUACUUCGUUGCGUUUGUUAUAUUCCAGACUGGGGUCAUUGCCAUUUUCACAUUAACCAUCAUGAAGGUCAGAACCCCUAAAUUCCGUAUGGAAUCCGCCACGUUCGACAGCUUCAGCGUGGGAACUUCGACAAAUCCCACGUUUGAUAUCCGCAUGAAUGCCCGAGUGAGUAUCAAGAACGCCAACUUCGGUAAGUACAAGUACGACAACACCACAAUGUACUUCUUUUACCAAGGCAGUCCGGUCGGGCAAGCCGACAUUUACAAGUCCAGUGUGGGUUGGAGAACGAACAAGAAGUUCAACGCCGUCGUCAACCUGAGCUCCGUCAACUUGCCGUCCACGGCGAAGGAUCAGUUGGGAAAUGAUCUGACUAAACGUCUUGUGCCGCUGACUAGCAUGGCUGAUUUAAAGGGCAAAGUUGCGCUGACGUUUAUAUUCAAGAAGAAGAAGGCCAUCCAAAUGAAUUGCACCAUGGAAAUUGUUGUUUCAUCUCAACAGCUCUCCAAUAUCGUUUGCAAAUGAUUAUGGGUUUGAUUAAAUUCCUAUUUUCUCUAGUGAAAUUAAGGGUACGUUCGGCAAGGACUAGGUCCUAAACUGAACGAUCAAGUUUGCUAUUUUCACCAUUUUUUUUU